AUGUUCAAAUUAAAUCAUAGAAUAUUGAACGUUGGUAAACGUGCCAAUUUAGGUAUAACAUAUUCAUUAAAUAAUAACAAUGUAUUAAUAUCAUCAUUAUCACAACAAAACUCAUUAUCAUUAAUAUCCCAAAGAAAUAUAUCAUCAAAAGAUUUAACCCCAAAAUCAAUGCCAACCGAUUUCCCAUUAAUGUCACAAAAGACUGCUAAUAGUCCAUUAGAUUAUGCUUUGACUUCAUUAGAUACCAUUGCAAAUUGGGCCAGAAAAUCUUCAUUUUGGCCUGUUACUUUCGGUUUAGCAUGUUGUGCUGUGGAAAUGAUGCAUGUCUCAGCUCCAAGAUAUGAUCAAGAUAGAUUAGGUAUUAUUUUCAGAGCUUCUCCAAGACAAUCAGAUAUUAUGAUUGUUGCUGGUACUGUUACUAAUAAAAUGGCUCCAGCUUUAAGACAAGUUUAUGAUCAAAUGCCAGAACCAAGAUGGGUUAUUUCCAUGGGUUCAUGUGCCAAUGGUGGUGGUUAUUAUCAUUACUCUUACAGUGUUGUCAGAGGUUGUGAUAGAAUUGUUCCUGUUGAUGUUUACGUCCCAGGUUGUCCACCAACUGCUGAAGCUUUAAUGUAUGGAGUUUUCCAAUUACAAAAGAAAAUGAUGAAAUCUUCCAUUACUAGAUUAUGGUAUAGAAGUUAG